AUGGCGUUUUAUAUAUUUUUAAGAACCUACAACUAUUACGAUGGAAAAGAGGGCGUCAAAAGGGUGGAAGUUUCAAAUGAUUCAAAAAUAAAUGUAUUAAAAAAUUAUGUGCCGCCAAUGGAAUCACCAAUAGUUUUUUUCAAAGGUACAAAUAAAUUAAAUUUACACAAAUAUUUUCAAGAUUAUAGUAUUCAGCAAGAUGAUAUAAUAGAUUCUACAUUGUUCCCUAUAGAAUCGACAAUCCUUGGGUAUAUAGGAAAAUUAAUUGUUGAGGAACACCGAGGGAUCUUGCAUAAACCACCACCCCAAGCCAUAGCCCAAAUACCACAAUUAAGAAAAAAGUUAAGAGUUUUAGAUUUUGAAGAAUAUUUCGAUGUUGAUACCACAUAUACAAGACUAAAGCUAUUAUUGCAAAAACACAAAAUUUCUACAGGUAAACAUUUUGAAAAAGAAAUUUCAGAAUAUUCAAAUCAAGAUGAACAAAAGCAGGAUCCACUUGAUAGCUUUAUUUGUAGGGUUUAUAAUAGAAAUCCAUUUAAUAUAAAUAAUUAUAGCCAAAAUAAUAAUAAUAAUGGGUAUAGAAAUAUAAAUACUACCACAACUACUACCACAACUACAUCGCCAAAUAAAAAUAAUUAUUCAACUACUUAUAAUGACGAAGUGAUGUUAUCACAACCAAAAACAAUCUUUACACAAUCAGAUUGUAUUAUAAUUGAUGAUAACGAAGAAAAUAUCGAUAGUAAAAAGUCUAAUAAUAAACAUUCAUUAAAUAUACCAUCUGAUGAUAGUUUUAAUAGUAAUAGUGGUUUAAAAAGUUCAAAGAAUAGUUUAAAUAAUAGUUUUAAUAAUAGUUUGAAUAGUAGUUUAAAUAGUAGUUUAAAUAGUAGUUUAAAUAGUAGUUUUAAUAAUAGUUUAAAUAGAAGUUUAAAUAGUAGUUUAAAUAGUAGUUUUAAUAGUAGUUUUAAUAAUAAUUUCAAUAAUUUCAAUAUUAGGAAUAGUAUUAAUCUUGAUGAUGAUGAUGAUGAUAAUUACGACUAUUUUGAAUCAAAAACACAAUCACAAUCACAAUCACAGUCACAGUCACAGUCACAGUCACAGUCACAGUCACAAUCACAAUCACAAUCACAAUCACAAUCACAAUCUCCAAAAUUACAAAAUAAUAUUAAACAGCUACCAAUUCAAAGUAAAUUAUCAAUCGAAAGUGAAAGUGAUGAAAUUUUCUCAUAUCAGAAUUUAAGCUUAAAUUCAUCAGCAAUAAAUAAAAGAAAACAAAUUUCAAAUUCAUCAUCAUCGUUUUUCUCGGACUCAUCAGUCAAUGGUUCACCAAUAAUGCCAACAUCACCAUUAUAUAACAUAUCUCCAAUUAAACAUGAUAAUAAUAGUAAACCCAUUAAUAAAAUACAAAAGAUAGAUAGUAUAUUAAAUAGACCACUUUUUUCAGAUAAAGUGUAUAAUGAAAAAAAGAAAUUAAAACAAAAUUAUUUACCACCUCUAUUAAAACUAGAGGCACCAUUGCCUCAGAGAUUCAAAGUUAGAUCUAGAUAUGCUGAUUGGAGUGAUUCGGCUUUUGGACUCCAGUAUAGUCUAUUGCUUGGUUUAAAAGAAUUAAAAACAACAAUAAAUAAAAAGGUAUCACUGUCCACCAUUGAAAAGCAUUCACAAAAGUAUACAAGUAUCUGGGAUUUAAGAGAUUUCGAAUUUACUAUAUCGAAUAAUAGACCCAUCAUAGCGCUUACUACGCAAUUGGUUGAUAGAAAUUUGGUGGAGGAGGCUGAUAUAGAGGAAGACAACUUACCUGAAGAAGAUCAGGAAAAAUUUUAUAUUAGAGAUUUGGGCUACAGAUAUGCAUGCAUAUUAGAAGAUUUUCAUAAAGAUUUUCAAGAGUUUUGUAAUAUAAAUAAUUUUAAAACAAAUUUUAAACAAACCUCAAUUACCAUUGUAGUUGAUUCAGCAGAAAAGAAAAGGUCCAGUUUUAGAAAUAAUUUUAAAGAAUUUGGUGUUGAUGCUAUCGAAAGGACUUUACCGUCUGGUGACUUUGUAUUUUUAAAAACCUCAAACAAGGACGAGAUGUACCCAUAUCUCUUUGAAAGGAAAACUUGGAGUGAUUUUUUAGGUAGUAUUAAAGAUGGACGUAUCGUUACACAAACAAUAAAGAUGAAGGCCUAUACUAAAUUGGUGGGAAGAUUCUAUAUAAUUGAAGGUGAUGAAGAAAACUAUUCAGGUCUUUUAAAGUUAUUUAAUAUACCAAUUGAAACUUUAAAAAAAGAAAUUGAUUUUUUAACUGGAUUUGGUUUCAUUGUAAUUAGAAGUCAAUCAAUUUACGAUACCAGUAGAAUUCUAUCAAUUAUUGCUAAAAUUAUAUCUGAUGAUAUUGGUCUAUCUUGUUUAACAUUCCCAUAUCAAGAUUUUUGCCAAGCUGUUGGUCUAGCCAAGGGUGAUGCAUAUACUGCCAAGAUAAAAUCCUCAGAAAGAUCAAAAUUAGAAGAGCUAGCAAAUUUUAACAAAGGUAACAAGCGUUGUUAUUUCGAAUUAACCCACGAACAAUUAAAGGGAUAUAUACUUUCAAAUAGUUAUAGAAAUAAAGUUAAUGAAACUUUAAGGGUUUCUAAAAGAGAAAAAAUUGGUAUUAUUUUAGCUAUCAGAGAUUUUAACCAAUUUAUUCAAAAUUUUGUUGCAAACCACACCGAAAUUUUGUCCGAAUACCUUCAAGCUAGACUCGAUAGUAGGGAUGUAAAUAAUUUAGAAAAAAGUUAUAGAUCGGGUGUCUUAAAAUUGGCGGAUUAUUUAGAAAUUAAUACAGUAACUUAUCAUCUUUUAGAAUUGGUUAUAAAAAAUGGUCUACAACUUAUUUCAAAUUUUACAAGAUCAGAAAAAGAUAAUCUUGAAUUUAUAGCAGAAUUUAGUAGCACAAUAUCUCAAAAUUUAGAACUAGAUAACCAAGAAAAAUUAAACCUUUUAGUUAAUCCAAAAAAAAUUUCAAAAUUUAAAACAAAGAAAAAUAAUUUCAUUAACGAAAUUAUCAACAUAAAUUAA